AUGAGUGAAGACAGUAUUACUGUUAUGGAAGUGGAUGAGACGACACCGAAGGCUGUGAAACCGAGUGCGAGCACAAGUAAGCCUGUGUCGCACCUACCUUGGAUAGAGAAGUACCGACCGGUGACUUUUAGUGAUAUCGUAGGCAACGAGGAUACCGUCUCACGGUUGGCAGUUUUUGCACGUACGGGUAACGCGCCAAACAUCAUAAUCGCUGGUCCACCGGGAGUCGGCAAGACUACCACAAUCCUAUGCUUAGCGCGUGCUUUGCUGGGUACCGCCUUCCGCGAUGCCGUGUUAGAGCUCAACGCAUCGAACGAUCGCGGUAUUGACGUGGUGCGCAACAAGAUCAAGAUGUUUGCCCAGCAGAAGGUAACACUGCCUCCUGGACGUCAUAAGAUAGUAAUCCUGGAUGAAGCAGACAGUAUGACGGAUGGUGCCCAGCAGGCCCUGCGGCGCACUAUGGAGCUGUACUCGCACACUACGCGUUUCGCACUCGCCGCCAACAACUCUGAGAAGAUCAUAGAACCCAUACAAUCUCGCUGUGCUGUUCUACGCUACUCGCGGCUCACCGACGCACAGAUACUUGCUAAGGUUCUUGAAAUAUGCGAGAAAGAGAAUCUUUCUUACACGGAGGAGGGAGUUUCGGCAGUAGUAUUCACGGCGCAGGGAGACUUGCGCGCCGCACUCAACAACCUGCAGUCCACGGCGCAGGGCUUCGGUCACAUCAGCAGCGAACACGUGUUCAAAGUGUGUGACGAGCCGCACCCUAUGCUCGUGAGGAACAUGCUCGAAGCUUGCACUCGGCAGGACAUCCAUGAGGCUUAUAAGGUGAUCGCGAAGCUGUGCAAGUUGGGAUACGCAGCCGAAGACAUCGUGAGCAAUAUCUUCCGCGUGUGCAAGACCCUGGAGGCGCCGGACGAGCUGCGCCUCGCCUUCGUCCGCGAGGUGGGGCAGACCCUGGUGCGCGUGGCGGAGGGGCUGGGCUCGCCGCUGCAGCUGGCGGCGCUGCUGGCGCGCUGCUGCCGCGCCGCCGCCCUGCUGCAGGCGCCCGCCUCCAGCGUUAACUAG